AAACUCAGUGUGGUUUUAACGCAGCCGCCGUGCGCUCUGGAUACAGUGAGACUAUGGAGACCAAGCGUCUUUUUCCACGCUGAAACUUCACAAUGAGGGAUAAAAGUAAAGCGCGGUGUUGGGAGAGGGAGAGUUAAUGCGUCCGUGGAGGUGUUUUGGUCAAGUUGAGUGGGCUUUGGCAGGUUUGAAAGCAUGGAAUCACCGUUGUGUUGGAUUUGGCUCUGUGUCCUGCUCAGCGUGCCGCUUGAUGCGGGAUGUUUGGAGAUGCACCUUUCUGAGACUUCACAGCCUGGGACGCUUUUGGCAAACCUGUCACUGGGACCUGGAUGGACUUAUAAAUUAGACAGGACUUUAUCCCACAAAUCCACCCAGAACCUUCUUCAAGUGGGGACACAGGAUGGAAUCAUCCGGCUGUCCCGAGAAGUUCAGUGCGCGCACACACCGAGGAACCCUGCGCCUGUUUAUUUCAGAACAGGUUCCUCCACCUCUGGGGAUGUUAUCUUGACACACUUUAACGUGUUUAUCCACGGCCAGGACUGUUUCAUUAAAUACAAGAGAAGGAAAGUGUCAGGUGAGCCAGACUUUCACAUUAAUCACCUUUCCAAACUGAAGGCAACUUCCUGCUUACCCGCAGGUAAAUUGCUGUUGAAUGUAACAGAGCUGUUGCCUGCGUUUACGUGGAACACUGCUUUUUUGGACACUGGAUGUGCCGCGAAAGACUUUGUUGCAGUGUUCAGACGUGGGGAUUUGUUCCUGGCCAGUGACUUGUGUCUCGAGGACAUUGACAAGCCCAAAGUGAACUUGCAGUGCACGUUGCGCAGCGAGCGACUCUCUGUGCAGCUGAGUGUGACCCUGGUUAAAGUGCCCACACGACAUGGAUCCUUACCGCAAAUCGUGCAGAAAGAGUCUGUCAGAUCGAACAGCAGGGGGAAGCGGCAGGCGAACGCGUCACCCCAGUUCCAGCUCCCCAACUAUCAGGUGUCCGUGCCCGAGAAUGAACCCGCGGGCACGCGCGUUAUCACCCUGAAAGCCACUGACCCGGAUGAUGGAGAGGCUGGGAGGCUGGAGUACAGCAUGGAAGCCUUGCUUGACAGCAGGUCCAAUGACUUUUUCAACAUGGAUUCCCAGACAGGGAGCAUAUCAACCGUGCAGGCAUUAGACAGAGAAGUCAUAGACACCCAUGUUUUUAAAGUCAUUGUGUCAGACCACGGCACCCCUCAAAGAUCAGCCACUUCUUAUCUAACUGUCACUGUGAGCGACACUAAUGAUCACACUCCGGUGUUUGAGCAAACCGAGUACCGUGUCACCAUCCGGGAGAACGUAGAAGUGGGUUUUGAAGUGAUGACGAUCCGGGCGACGGAUGGCGACGCCCCCUCCAAUGCCAACAUGAUUUAUAAAAUUGUCAACAGUGAAGGAGUUAACUCUGUGUUUGAAAUUGACACCCGCAACGGUCUAGUGAGGACCAGAGAGAGGCCUGACAGAGAGACCCGAGCCCAGUACCAGCUGAUUGUUGAGACUAAUGACCAGGGCAAAGACCCAGGUCCCCGCAGUGCCACCGCCACGGUGCACAUCUCAGUGGAGGAUGAGAAUGACAACUACCCACAGUUCAGUGAAAAGAGGUACGUUGUCCAGGUCCCAGAGAAUGUGGCAGUCAACACUAAAAUCAAACAGGUGGUGGCCACAGAUAAAGAUGAGGGCAACAACGCCAAAGUCCACUACAGCAUCAUCAGUGGAAAUGUUAAAGGACAGUUCUACAUUCACUCUCCCACUGGUGUGAUCGACGUUAUCAAUCCUCUGGACUAUGAGAUGAUUCGGGAGUAUAACUUGCGAAUUAAGGCUCAGGAUGGUGGCAGGCCCCCACUGAUAAACGGCACCGGGAUGGUGGUGGUGCAAGUGGUGGAUGUUAACGACAAUGCCCCCAUGUUUGUUAGUACACCUUUCCAAGCCACCGUGCUGGAAAACAUGGCUAUCGGUUACUCUGUGAUCCACAUUCAAGCCAUCGAUGGUGAUUCGGGAGAAAACGCUCUUCUGGAAUAUCGGCUCACUGACACCACACCUGGUUUUCCAUUCACCAUCAACAACAGCACGGGCUGGGUCACUGUGAGUAGUGAGCUGGACAGAGAGACCACGGACUUCUACACAUUUGGCGUGGAGGCAAGAGAUCAUGGGAUACCUGUGAUGUCCUCCUCUGCCAGUGUCAGCAUCACGGUGCUUGACGUGAACGACAACGUGCCCACGUUUACAGAGAAAGUUUACGCCCUGAAAAUUAAUGAGGACGCUUUUGUGGGCACCAGUGUGUUGACCGUAACAGCUGUGGACAGGGACGUGAACAGCGUUGUCACCUAUCAGAUCUCCAGCGGCAACACCAGGAACCGCUUUGCCAUAAUGAGCCAGAGCGGUGGCGGUCUCAUCACCUUAGCUCUUCCCUUGGACUACAAACAGGAACGACAGUACGUCCUGACAGUCACAGCCAGUGAUGGGACACGCUAUGACACAACACAGGUGUUCAUCAACGUCACGGACGCCAACACGCAUCGGCCCGUCUUUCAGAGUGCCAACUAUCAGGUGAUGCUCAGUGAGGGAGAACCGGUGGGCUCUCAUGUGGCGGUGAUCAGUGCAACAGACGAGGACACGGGGGAGAAUGCUCGCAUCACAUAUGAGAUGGAAGACAAUGUUCCACAGUUUCAAAUUGAUCCAGAUACAGGUGCCAUCACAACACAGAUGGAGAUAGAUUAUGAAGACCUGGCGUCCUACACAAUAGCUAUCAUUGCAAAAGACAACGGCAUCCCUCAAAAGUCUGACACCACGUAUGUGGAGAUUAUCAUCCGGGAUGCUAAUGACAAUGCUCCUCAGUUCCUCAGAGACAUGUACCAGGGGAGUGUAUUUGAAGAUGCACCUUUCUACAACAGUGUUCUCCAGAUCUCUGCGUCAGACAGAGACUCGGGUCCGAACGGCAGGUUGAGCUAUACAUUUCAGGGUGGCGAUGAUGGAGAUGGGGAUUUUUUCAUCGAGCCUUACUCUGGUAUCAUCAGAACUGCUCGCAAACUGGACCGGGAGAAUGUUGCAGUGUAUGAUCUCAGGGCUUUUGCUGUGGAUAAAGGAGUUCCACCACUGAAAGCUUCUGUUCCCAUUCAUAUUGUAGUGCAGGACAUCAAUGAUAACGCUCCAGUGUUUAAGGAGGACGAGCUUUUUAUUGACGUGGAGGAGAACAGCCCGGUCGGUUCCGUCGUGGCCCGUAUCACUGCGGUCGAUCCCGACGAGGGCACCAAUGCUCAGAUCAUGUAUCAGAUCGUAGAAGGGAAUAUCCCCGAAGUUUUUCAACUGGACAUUUUCAACGGUGACCUCACUGCACUCACAGAUUUGGAUUAUGAGACCAAAACCGAGUAUGUCAUAGUGGUCCAGGCCACCUCAGCACCACUGGUGAGCAGGGCCACAGUUCACAUACGCCUGGUAGACAUGAAUGACAAUGUUCCCGUGCUGCAGAACUUUGAGAUUAUUUUCAACAACUACGUCACCAACAAGUCCAACAGUUUUCCAUCAGGAGUAAUAGGAAGGGUCCCGGCUCAUGAUCCGGAUGUGUCGGAUAAACUGCGGUACAAGUUUGAGUCUGGGAAUGAGCUCCGCCUGCUACUUUUGAAUGAGGACACUGGGGAUCUGAGGCUGAGCAGGGACCUGGACAACGACAGGCCCCUAGAAGCCCCAAUGACCAUAUCCGUCUCAGAUGGUGUUCAUAAGGUCGUGGCCCUCUGCACGCUGCGCGUCACCAUCAUCACCGACGACAUGCUGACCAACAGCAUCACGGUGCGCCUGGAGAACAUGUCCCAGGAGCGCUUCCUCUCCCCCUUGCUCAGCCUCUUCCUUGAGGGCGUAGCAGCCGUGCUCUCCACCAAGCGGGAGUCGGUGUUUGUGUUCAACAUCCAAAAUGACACGGACGUGCAGGGCUCCAUCCUCAAUGUAACAUUUUCGGCGAUGCAGCCUGGAGGGGCCCCGGGUAAAGGGGCGUUCUUCCCCUCGGAGGAGCUGCAGGAGCAGAUCUACCUCAACAGGACUCUGCUCAGGCUUAUAUCAUCUCAGGAGGUGUUGCCAUUCGAUGACAACAUCUGCCUACGAGAACCCUGUGAGAACUACAUGAAGUGUGUGUCGGUGCUGAAGUUCGACAGCUCUCCUCCCUUCAUCGCCUCUGAAACGGUUCUGUUUCGGCCCAUCCACCCCAUUAACGGGCUGCGCUGCCGCUGUCCAGUCGGCUUCACCGGGGACUACUGCGAGACGGAGAUCGACCUGUGCUACUCGGGGCCGUGCAAGAACAACGGCAAGUGCCGGAGUAGAGAGGGCGGGUACACCUGUGAGUGCCUGGAAGACUUUACCGGUGAACACUGUGAGCUGAAUGCAUCAUCAGGCCGUUGUGUCCCAGGUGUGUGCAAGAACGGUGGCAAGUGUGUGAACCGGCUGGCAGGUGGAUUCAUGUGCCAGUGUCUACCAGGGGAGUACGAGAAGCCCUACUGUGAGAUGACCACCCGCAGCUUCCCCGGACAGUCCUUCAUCACUUUCAGAGGCCUGCGGCAAAGGUUCCACUUCACUGUCUCCUUCACGUUUGCAACCAGAGAAAGAAAUGCUCUGCUCCUCUACAAUGGCAGAUUCAAUGAGAAACAUGAUUUCAUCGCCCUGGAGAUCAUCGAUGAGCAGAUCCAGCUCACCUUUUCUGGAGGUGAGACAAAGACCACAGUGUCUCCCUACGUCCCAGGCGGGGUUAGUGACGGCCAAUGGCACUCCGUUCAGCUCCAUUACUACAACAAGGACGGGGGGAGUCUGGUGGACUCCAGGGGGGCUCUGCGGCUCCCUCUCUUUACUGCCUGGCUGGAGCUCAAUCAGAAGGAGCCUAACAUCGGACGUCUGGGCAUCCCUCAUGGACCCUCUGGAGAAAAAGUGGCCGUGGUUGCUGUGGACGACUGUGACAUCUCCAUGGCGAUUCGCUUCGGAAGGCAGAUCGGCAAUUACUCCUGCGCUGCCCAGGGAACCCAGACUGGACAGAAAAAGUCUCUGGACUUGACUGGACCACUGUUGCUAGGCGGCGUUCCCAACCUGCCUGAGGACUUCCCGGUCAGGAACCGAGACUUUGUAGGCUGCAUGAGAAACCUCACCAUAGACAGCAAACCCAUUGACAUGGCCAGCUUCAUUGCUAACAACGGCACCACAGAAGGUUGUCCCGCAAAGAAGAACUUCUGCUCAAAUGAUGUGUGUCAGAAUGGAGGAGUGUGCGUCAGCAAGUGGAACACCUACAGCUGCGACUGCCCAAUUGGUUAUGGAGGCAAGAACUGUGAACAAGUGAUGCCGUCUCCUCAGUUCUUUGAUGGUCAGGCACUGGUUUCCUGGAGCAACCCAGACAUUACCGUCGCUGUGCCGUGGUACUUGGGCCUCAUGUUCCGCACCAGGCAGCCCGCUGGCACCCUCAUGCAGGCCAAUGUUGGACUGUCCUCCACCAUCAACCUCAUGGUGAGCGAGCAGCAUGUCCGCAUGGAAGUGCUGCUGAGGCAGCAGAUGGUGGCGUCGCUGAGCUUCCCCCAAGUCCGCGUCAAUGACGGGGAGUGGCACCACUUGCUCGUAGAAUUAAAGAGUAUUAAAGAUGGCAAAGACAUCAAAUACAUGGCCACUGUGUCCCUGGAUUACAACAUGUACAAGAAGAAGGUCGAGAUCGGAAACGACCUGCCUGGUUUGAAGCUGCAGACUCUUCAUAUUGGAGGUUUGCCUGGAGAGGGAAACCAUGUCAAGAAAGGAUUUGUUGGCUGUAUACAGGGCGUGCGCAUGGGUGAGACCUCCACCAACGUAGCCAAUGUGAACAUGGCUCAGGGCCUAAAGAUUCGUGUGGAGGAGGGCUGCAACAUGGACGACCCCUGUGACUCCAACAUCUGCCCUGACAACAGCCACUGCAGUGAUGACUGGAGCAUGUACACCUGCGUGUGUGACCCAGGUUACUUUGGUAAGGAGUGUGUGGACGCUUGUCAUCUCAACCCCUGCGAACACGUUUCCACCUGCGUCCGCAAACCAAGUUCCUCCCACGGAUACACCUGUGAAUGUGGACAGAACUACUAUGGCCAGUACUGUGAGAACAAAGUGGAGAAGCCGUGUCCCCAAGGCUGGUGGGGCAAUCCCAUGUGUGGUCCCUGCAACUGUGACACGAGCAGAGGUUUUCACAAGGACUGCAACAAGACCACUGGAGAGUGUCGCUGCAAGGACAACCACUAUCGCGCAGAGGGCGAAGACACGUGCAACCCUUGUGAGUGUUUCUCAGUCGGCUCCGAGUCGCGGACCUGCGACCCCGUCACCGGCCAGUGUCCCUGUAAGGGCGGAGUCAUAGGACGUCAGUGUAACCGCUGUGAUAACCCCUUUGCAGAAGUCACAUCCAGUGGAUGUGAAGUGGUGUACGAAGGCUGUCCCAAGGCGUUUGACUCAGGCAUCUGGUGGCCCAAGACCAAAUUUGGAGGUCCUGCCGCUGUGGAGUGUCCCAAGGGAUCCAUCGGCACUGCCAUCCGCCACUGCAGUGAUGAGAAAGGCUGGCUGAUGCCGGAACUCUUCAACUGCACCACCGUCACCUUUGCCCACCUGAAGAAGCUGAAUGAAGACCUGCGCCGCAACAGUUCGAGGAUGGACAGCGAACGCUCCAAGACCAUAGUGCGCAUGCUCCACAGCGCCACCAACAACACCCCGCACUACUACGGCAACGACGUGAAGACGGCCGCGCAGCUGCUCAAUCACGUGCUGCUGUAUGAGAGCCGGCAGGCGGGAUUCGAACUCACUGCCAUGAGGGAUGCAGAGUUCAAUGAGAACUUGGUGCGAGCAGGAAGUGCCAUACUGGAUCCUGAGAACAAGGAGUACUGGGAGCAGAUCCAGAAGACCGAGGGUGGCACGGCACACCUGCUCCGCAACUUUGAGGACUACGCCAACACGCUGGCGCAGAACGUCAGGAAAACCUACCUGAAACCCUUCACGAUUGUUACUGACAACAUGAUUCUAACAGUGGAUUACCUGGAUGUGUCCGACCCGGAAAAGGCCACAUUCCCCAGGUUCAAGGAAAUCCAGGAGGCUUAUCCCAAAGAGCUCAGAUCUUCUGUCCAGUUCCCUCAGUUCAACCUGCGCACUCUCGGCCACAGAGCCGAGCCCACUCCGGCUCCUCCAGUUCAGACUGAUGCCCCGCAGGACACGGAGGAGGAGGAGAAGGAGGAGGAGAAGCACACGCGGUCUGAUAGGAAACGCAGACACCUCGAUCCAGCUGCCCCACUUCCAGUUGCUGUAGUGAUAGUGUACAAAUCACUGGGGAGACUGCUCCCGGAGAGAUUCGACCCUGAUCGCAGGAGUAUGAGAGUUCCCAACCGCCCUGUGAUCAACACGGCCAUAGUGAGCGCCACGGUGCACAAUGAGGAUCCCCCCCUCCCCGCCUUCCUCGACCCUCCCAUCACGUUGGAGUACACGCUGCUGGAGACGGAGGAGAGGACCAAGCCCGUGUGCGUCUUUUGGAACCACUCCAUCGCGAUCGGAGGGACAGGCGGCUGGUCGUCAAAAGGCUGCGAGGUGCUGAACAGAAACAACAGCCACAUAAGCUGCCAGUGUAACCACCUGACCAGCUUCGCAGUGCUGAUGGACAUCUCCAAGAGAGAGCACGGCGAUGUUCUCCCCCUGAAGAUCGUCACCUACACCACAGUGUCCAUCUCCCUCACCCUUCUCCUCCUCACCUUCAUCUUACUUUGCCUCUUACGCCGGAUCCGCUCCAACCUCCAUGCCAUCCACAGGAACCUGGUGGCGGCGCUCUUCUUCUCCGAGCUCGUCUUCCUGCUCGGCAUCAACCAGACCGACAACCCGUUUGUGUGCACAGUGAUCGCCAUCCUCCUCCAUUACUUCUACAUGUGCACCUUUGCCUGGAUGUUUGUGGAGGGGCUGCACAUCUACCGCAUGCUGACUGAGCUGCGCAACAUCAACCACGGUCACAUGAGGUUCUACUACGCCAUGGGCUGGGGCAUCCCGGCGAUCAUAACUGGUCUGGCAGUUGGUCUUGACCCUCAAGGAUAUGGGAACCCGGAUUUCUGUUGGCUGUCGGUCCACGACACACUCAUCUGGAGCUUCGCAGGACCCAUCUUUGUUGUUGUCCUGGUGAACAUAGUGAUCUUCAUCCUUGCUGCGAAGGCUUCCUGUGGCCGCAGGCAGAAGGCGAUGGAGAAGUCAGGAGCCAUUUCUGCACUUCGAAUGGCCUUCCUGCUCCUGCUACUCAUCAGCGCCACCUGGCUGCUCGGCCUAAUGGCCGUCAACAGCGACGUGAUGACCUUCCACUACCUGUUUGCCGUCUUCAGCUGUCUGCAGGGAGUCUUCAUCUUCUUCUUCCACGUGGUCUUCAACAAAGAGGUACGGAAAAACCUCAAGAACGUCUUCACAGGAAAGAAGAACCUACCGGAUGAGUCCAGCACCACAAGGGCGUCUUUACUCACACGCUCACUCAACUGCAACAACACGUACGCAGAGGACGGCCCGCUGUAUCGCUCGGGCAUCGGAGAGUCCACCGUCUCCCUGGACAGCACGCUCAGGUCAGCUAAGAGCCGCAGCAGCUACCUGGCUUACACACUCAGGGAGGAGGCUGGUCAGAAGCCCAGCGUCUCCUCGGGAACGGCGAAAGGACGCACCGACUUGGACGGACCUCUUUUCCACAGAAAUGGCACCAAAGGAGACGACUCAGACUCAGACAGUGAGCUGUCUGUGGAUGAGCACAGCUCCUCCUACGCCUCCUCCCACUCCUCGGACAGCGAGGACGACGACAUUGACAUCAAGCCGAAGUGGAACAAUGAGCGGCAGCCUGUUCACAGCACACCGAAAGUGGAUUCAUUCCCUAAUCACAUGAAGCCGUACUGGCCGACAGAAGCCACCACGGCCAGCGACAGCGAGGAUCCCGGUGGAGCGGAGAGGCUGCGGGUGGAGACCAAGGUCAAUGUGGAGCUGCACCCGGAAAACAAGCUGAACCAUGUCGGAGAAAGAGAGCGGGACACGCUGCCGGAGAGACAGACGCCGAGCAACGUGAAAGACGCAGCGUCCCCUACCCAUGCUAACAGCAACAGCAACCAUCAACCAGAGCAGAGAAAAGGCAUCUUAAAGAACAAGAUCAGUUACCCGCCGCCGCUGACCGACAAGAACAUGAAGAACCGCCUGCGCGAGAAGCUGAGCGACUACAACUCCCCGACCAUCACCACGCCGCCGCCCAACAACAACAACACCUCGUCCUCGCCGCCCCUGUCCUCCGUCAACAUCAUGACGCCCUCGUCCCGGCCUCCGUCGCUGGCGUCCAACGACGGCGGCGGCAGCGGUCGCCAAGGCAACCACGAGAACAGCACCCUCAUCAAGCCGCCGGUCGCCACGCGGCCACAGAUUCCUGCCGGCCCCCCGCCGGCGGGCAUUUACCGGGAAGCAAACGGGAGCGUGGCCAUGCACUUGAAGUCAGGGACGGUCAAUGGAGGCAACGAGUCUGACUCAGAUGGCAGCAACGAGACUUCGAUCUGACCCGUGAGGAAAACUCUCGUCAAAGAAGGAGCGAGCGGAAAAUUGGCAGAGGAGAGCCAAGAGCAGAGGGAAUAAUACAGCGAGAGAAGAAAGCAGAUGGAGGAGAAUCCCGAAGACAGAAAAACAAGUUUGGGAAAAGAACAUUUUUCCCUCGCACCUGAUCUGUCUUUCCAUCGCUCCUCUCAUGUUCCCUCUCUCUGGAGAGCAGUAUUAAUUUCAGACUUAAAAAAAAGAAGAAGAAAAAAGGCUGCGCGGGACAAGAAACCAAGCAGAGCAAAUGGAAAGAUGUGACAAAUAAUAAAGGGAAUAAAGUGUUGAACUGAAUCAUGAGAUGAUGAAAGGAAAAUGGAAUGGAGCCGCGAGUGCCAAAGCCACUUAAGUUCAACGGGGGAUGCGGAGUCAGACGACGGAAGAACGCCACCCCAGAAUGCAUUGCUAUUGAGGGAUCAUCAUGAUGAUAUUAUACACUUCACUUCUCUCCUGUGGUAAAAAAGAAUAGAAAAGACGGACACAUGAACGACACGUGUUGGUACAGUCUCAUUUGUAGUCCUAAAGGAUUCACAAAGCAAAGACACAAGCUGUUCUCACUGACAUCGAACUCCUCGGUCACACCAAACGGCUCCAUCAUACGCCAAGUGCCGUUUCCUGCAUUUUUGUAACUCAUAUAAAACAAGGGCUACCCCCGCCUCCUUCUCCGUUCGGUGCAUUUAGAGUGUAAUUAACAUGUAGAUAUUGUUUAAUGUGAAGAAGAAAUUAUCUAUUUUGUAUUUCAGCUGUAGCGCGGACACGGUUCUACACUAACAAUCGCUUUCCUGUGUUUUGCGUCGGGAACGUUUUCUUAUUUGUCACCUGAUUGGCCGGUUUAAUCGACUGAGAACAAUAAAUCAAACACACACUAACACAGAUUUUCUGUUUUAGCCCCUGAAAUGGGAAAUCAGGUGACGUAACACACACACACUCUAGACUACAGACACUCACAUUAUGACACAGGUGAGACUGUUUAUGUUUGUGUUUUGUGUUGAAAACUCAGCUUUUUUUUUUUUAGUUUGAGCACUAUGAAACUGAAGCCUUCUUUUCCAGUGUCCGUCCUGCCUGUUUGUAUUCCUGGUUACCAAAGUCAAAGAACACGGUAAAUGUGCAGAGAAGGGUUUGAGUAAGUUCACUUUGUCAAAGUAAAAAAACAAUACAUGAAAUAUAAGCACAAAAUCAGCUGAUUAUUUCAAUUUUUACCAAUAUAAUGUCUUUUUUUGUUACGGAAUUCCUGAAUCUGAAUUGAAAGUGAAUUUUACACCAACUCUAAUGCACUUUGCAGCUUAUUUAAGGCAACUUAAAAUCUGGUUUACCGCUCACUGAAAGCCUUAGCACCACACAAACUGUAUAUUCUUAGUGUUUUUUUUUACCCUGACGCAGUCAGCGCUGCCCACAAAUGUCUUUUUGUUGUUUUAUUGAUGAUCUGAGACACUGGAAAUGUUUUGUAACAUAAUGUAUAUUUAUUUUUUAUGGUUUUCAGACACUGGAAAGAAAAGAUGAAUGUGACUGUAAAAUUAAAGAUGACAUGAUGACUUUUUAAAA